AUGAGCUCAGCACUUCGAGGACCGGUGCCUUCCUUUCACCUGCUGCGCUUCUUGCGAUCCCAGGCCGAACACGCCUCGACAGGCUCCCGAUGCCCCAUCACAUCAUGCUCCAGACAGAGCUCGCCAACACCACGACGACCGCCAAGAUGCCUCGCCAGGCUGGAGACCCGACGCCCGAUUUCCACAGCAAGUGGCCUUCUCGCCAGCCGGCCCCUGCGGUCACGAACACAAGCAUCAGUACAGACACAGUCUACACAGAUCAAUGCCACGGCAGGCCUGCCAGCAGCGACAUGCUUCAGCACAACGAGCACGCGCCGGGAGAAGCAGGUCGACGACGCUGGCAAGACCGAGAGGGCACCCUCGUGGAAGGAGAAGCUCUGGGGCGUCGGUGCCAGGCGUGGUGCCAAGCCGCUCCAGCCCACCGACCUACCGACCCAUGACGAAGUUGGCGACGGCAGCUCCAUGUUCAACUACCGCCGCAUCCUCACGGCCAAGGCCGCCUCGGAACCCCGUCUGCGGUGUACCGAGGUGGACGAGGACGGCGAGGUCAUCCUCGUCGACGGCGAGUUCAAAAAGACGGAGCUCAUUGCCAAGUACGGCCUGCUGCCUCGCGAUCUGCGCAAGAUUGACUCGUCCAACCUUCCCCACAUCCUCGUCCGCCCGUCGGCCAUCCUCCUGAACCUGCUCCACCUCAAGGUCCUCAUCAAGAAGGACCGCGUCCUCCUCUUUGACAUUUACGGCUCCAAGACGUCGUACCCGCAGUCGGCCUUCAUGUACGACCUCCAGGGCAAGCUCAAACAAAAGAUCCCCCAGGGCGGCGGCGGCGUCGGUGCUGCCGCCGGCCUGCCCUACGAGUUCCGCGCCCUCGAGGCCGUCCUGACCUCGGUCACGUCCGAGCUCGAGGCCGACUUUGAGGCUGUGCGCGACCCCGUCAUCCGCAUUCUCAGCGAGCUCGAGGACGACAUUGACCGCCACAAGCUGCGCGUGCUGCUGAUCCUGUCCAAGCGCGUCAGCACCUUUGAGCAAAAGGCCAAGCUCGUGCGCGACGCCAUCGAGGAGCUGCUCGAGGCCGACGACGACCUCGCCGCCAUGUACCUCACCGAAAAGGCCCACGACCUGUACCGCGGCGAGGACGACCACACCGAGGUCGAGCUGCUGCUCGAGUCGUACAACAAGCUGUGCGACGAGAUUGUGCAGGAGGCGCAGAAUCUUGUGUCGAGCAUUCGCAACACCGAGGAGAUCAUCCGCGCAAUCCUCGACGCCAACCGCAACUCGCUCAUGCUGCUCGAGCUCAAGUUCAGCAUCGGCACGCUGGGCCUCGCCAUGGGCACGUUCCUCGCGGGCCUCUACGGCAUGAACCUCGAAAACUUCAUCGAGGACACCAACUGGGGCAUGGGCGCCGUGACGGGCGUCUCCGUCUUCUUCUCGCUCAUCGUUUGCUGGUACGGCCUCAUCAAGCUGCGCAAGGUCCAGCGCGUCAAGAUGAUGUACGAUGAGCGCGGCGGCGGCGGCCUCGGCGGCAGCCUCGGGUCGCGGCAGCACUGGUUCAAGGACGACGGGCCGGCGCAUCUGCUGCAGGCGACGAACCGCGAGAAGUUUCGUCGCUUGGCGGGGCAGAAGGCGGCCAAGGCGACACGGCGGUGGAUUUAG